AUGAGCUACUACAAUAAGUUGGACAGUCAAGGCGCCUUUGAGAAUGCCGUGGUGCAACUUUAUUCUCGGAUACUCGAAUACCAGGCUCACAUGGUUUGCCACCUAUCUCAUAACACGGCCAAGAGAGGCUGGUCAAAUAUCAUCAAGCCGGGGCACUGGGCAGAUCUUCCAGCCGCCGUCAAGAAUGCGGACCAGGAGUGCCAGCAGUAUGCAUCAUUCCUCGACAAGACGGCAGAAAGAGAGCUAUUGCAAGAGCAAACGCUGCAGAUCGAACGGUCUACAAAGGUCCAACGGCAGAUCCUUGACGCACUAUCGGACAUCGAAAAGGUUCGAGCAGCUGAGCGUGAUGAUGAUCUGCUAAAAGAUUUUCUCCAGAGCUUUUCCACCGAUUAUGAGGGCGACAAAGAUAUCAAUACCAAACGAGUACCUGGAACUUGCCAAUGGUUUCUGGACCAUAAAAGAUUUCAGACAUGGCGCGACUCUCCUACAUCUGCCUUGCUUUGGGUCUCGGCCGGCCCCGGCUGCGGCAAAUCUGUCUUGUCCCGCUGUCUUGUUGACGAGCGGUUACUUACAAACAGCAGGAUGACUUCGACAGUGUGCUACUUUUUCUUCAAAGACGGCUUGGAUGGACGUGACCAGGCUGAGAACGCACUCACCGCCAUGUUGCACCAACUAUACACGCACAAUCUCGACAAGAAUUUGAUCACACAUGCCUUAUCGCGAUUUAAGGAGAAUGGUACAUCUUUACGCAGUAUGCUCAGUAAGUUGUGGGCUAUUCUCGUGGAGACGGCAAAGAAUCCUGCAUCUGGCGAGAUUGUCUGUAUCUUGGAUGCCUUGGAUGAGUUCCAUGAAACCUCUAGGAGCGCCCUCAUGGAAAUGCUUGUCGAUUUCUUCUCGGAUCCAUUGUUGACGCAGAAUCCUAAUAUCCGCUUGAAGUUCUUGAUCACAAGUCGACCGUAUGACGAUAUUGAACUUGAGUUUUCCCGCCUCCAGGAUGCAUCUAUCUUCCUUCAAUUUGCCGGCGACGACCAGUCUGAGAGGAUCAGCGAAGAAAUCAACCUUGUAAUCGACCACAGAGUUCCGAGGGUGUUACCAAAGCUUGAUUCGCAGAGCCGGACAACCAUUGUCGAACGCUUGAAAAAGCUGAAGCAUCGAACGUAUCUUUGGCUCCAUCUCAUUCUUGCCGUCAUUCAAAAAGAAUUCGUCAACCACUGCACCGCUCAAAAACUUCAAACUGUCAUUGACAAAUUACCUUCUUCUGUCAGCGAAGCGUAUGAGGCCAUCCUAGGAAAGACCACAGAUCCAAGACAAGCUCGAUUUAUAUUUCAAAUCAUCCUCGUGGCGAAGAGAGUCCUGACCGUUCCUGAGAUAAAGGUUGCCCUGGAGCUAGCUAAGCGUAUUGACGCCGAAUCAUUGAAAGACCUAGAUCUCCCGACAGAUGCGGUUUUUACUUCGACUCUUCCGAAAAUCUGUGGCCUUUUUGUCAGUAUUCACGAUGAUCGAGUUUAUCUGAUCCGUCAGACAGCCCGAGAAUUUCUGAUUCAUGGAUCAGGGCGAAAUACAUUGACAGAAGGGGCACCUCCUCAAGCACCUACAUGGCAGCAUUCGAUUGACUUGUCAGAUGCUGAACUCCUCUUGGCGAAGGUAUGUGUUGCGUUCUUGAAGUUUCGAGAUUUCCGGAAUCUCCCCUGGCUUGAAGACAAUCGCACUCGUUGGUUUGAAUGGGAAGAAAAAUACGGUGCUCAAGUACAAGACAGAGUUUUUCUGGACUACAGUGCGACAUCCUGGUUUAGCCACUACCGAGCAGUCCAAGCGACUUUGGACCCCGGUCUGAUAACAUCAGCCCUUGAGCAUUGCCAGCCUAAUGAGAAGCUGUACCGGGUUUGGUACGCACUUUAUUGCUCCAGCCGCCGCUGGAAUAUAUCCUACGAUGAAACUAAUCUGACAAUUACGAGUACUCUGGGCUUACGUGAGUUGAUCUUGAGACUUCUAAGGGCUGAACUCCAAGAUCGUUCAGAUGUCGAUGAAGAAAGUGCUGGCUCGGGCACAAACAUCAGUCUUAGUGUCAAUAGGAGGGGUGGAGAAUACGGUAAUGCACUAAUAGCUGCAUCGGCAGGAGGCCAUACAGACGUUGUGGGAAUUCUCAUAGCGAAUGGCGCUGAUGUCAAUGCUCAAGGACGGUGGGGUACUGCGCUACAGUGGGCGUCAAGGUAUAGCCACGAGAAGAUAGUGCAGAUACUCGUGGACAACGGCGCGGACGUCAAUGCUCGAGGAUAUUUUGAGGUUGGCCACGAGAAGGUGGUGCAGAUACUCGUGGAUAACGGCGCAGUUAUGAAUGCUUGA